UUUUUGUCCAAUUCAUCUUUCCGUUGACCACCAUUAGGGUUUUUCUCUCUCCAAAAAUUCUUUUAUACUCCCAAUUUUUCAACCCCAUGAUUGUUUUCACAGAAGAAACUUUCAAAUCUUACGCAAUUUUUCCAAGUCAAGUCUCAUUCAUCCUUAAAUUCCCUUUGCAACUACCCCAAAACUGCUUCUAAAACCCUUACUUACCUCUCAGAGAUCAAAAUUUCCUUUGAUCUACAGGUGUGUUGUUCAUCUUCUAGCUUGCUAAUUGCUCUAAAGGUUUGAUUUUGCUCGUUUCUGUAUUAUUGAAUUGAAUUGAGAUUGUUAGGGUUAGGGUUUUGAAUUUGGGGAUUUGGGGAAAGAUUGGAUUUUUAGGUCAAAAAAUGGAUAAUUCUGAUUAUUCAAGGAAUAGGGGAAAUGAUUACUUGGGUGUGAACAAAAUUGGGAAGAAUAUUAGGAAAAAUCCUUUACAUCAGCCUAAUUUUACCAAUCCUGCUAGGCAGCCUCCUCAGCCCCAAGUGUAUAAUAUUAAUAAGAAUGAUUUUCAAAGUAUUGUUCAACAGCUUACGGGUUCGCCAUCUCGGCACUCGCAAGAACCGCUUCCUAGACCUCCCCAGAACGCGCAUAGACCGCAACGAAGUAGGCCGUCAUCGUUAACACCGUUAAAUGUUACACGACCCCGUAUGCCGGUUCACCAUGCACCGGUUCAACAACAUAUCCCCCCUAACCGCCCGUUAAACGGGCCAGCCUCUGGUGCGGUUGUGUAUAAUGGUAGUAAUCUUGCUAGACCGCCUCAUCAUGGUCAACAACGGCCGCCAUCUGGUGACCAUACAGGAUGGUCAAACACAGCGGAGUCUCCUAUCUCCGCGUAUAUGCGAUACCUUCAACAUUCGAUCAUUGAUCCAGCUCAAGGACCUCCACAACCUAACCAACAAACUCAUCCGCAGUAUCAGCAAAAUCCUCAAGCUCAAAGUCAAACUCAGAUGCAAGGUCAACAGCAGCAGCAAUCAUCUGGAUUGCUUCCAUACCCGUUACAGCCGCCACUUCCAUCACCUCGGAUGUACGGUGGCCCACCUCUGCCUCCACUUCCCUCACCAAGAAUGAACGGCCCGCCGCCACCGUUACCAUCACCACGAAUGAACGGUCCACCACCUCAGUUACCGUCACCAACUUCUCAGUUUCUUCUGCCAUCACCGUCGGGUUACUUAAACUUGUUAUCUCCUCUAUCACCAUACCCGUUACUUUCUCCUGGAUAUCAGCACCCCCCACCGUUAACACCAAAUUUUUCGUUUUCACCCAUGACUCAACCGGGAGCGUUUGGGCCUGGGCCUCAACCUCCACCUUCUCCUGGUAUGGGCUUUCCAUCACCAGGUUUUUUCUCAAUUCCAAGCCCAAGAUGGAGGGAAUAGAUGGAUAACAGCGGAAAGAAUGAAAGAUGCUAACUUUGUAUGAAUUCAUGUUUGCAGAGCAUGGUAAUUCGGCUGUACGAUAGUCUCUCGGGUUUUUGUUUUUAUGUUAAUUCUGUUUAUAGACUAUGAAAUGCUUGUUUAGAAUAUAUAGUUGGUAAUAGUGAUCAUCUGUUUAUUUCUUGAACAAGUUUUGAAUCAGGUGGUUCACCAGAAAAUGUGGCUGAAUCGAUAUUGAACUUGUUAUGUAGGUUGUCUGCUUGGAGUUUUUGUCUCUGUAUUAAUCAACUUGUAGCUCAUAGAAUUUAUUUUCGGUCUGUAGACGUGUUGUACGACAUGCUUAUAUAUGGUUAUUGAAUUUUUUUUUUUUGUUUC